CUUCGCACCACCCCUCCCGCCCCCCCUCUCUCUCUCCCUCGCCCUCCGAUUCUUCCCUCACAAUUACCAUUGUUACGGAUCAUACGUAGAUUGAUGGACAAAGGUGGCGGAGGAGGAUUGGGUUUGGACACCUCCUCGGAGUCGGUCGGUUUCCUGGCGAGCAGGUCGUUUCUUGGUCCGAACCACGCCGGUGGGCUCAAGCGCAGGCUCUCUAUGGACUCGAGCGACCACUUCCCGACCGCCAUCGAAUUCCCGGUGGCGCGGGCCGGCGAGAAGCGGGUGGAUGAGAUGGAUUUCUUCUCUGAUGAGAAGAAGAAGAGGAGCCGGGAGGAGCCCGAUCUCGACAUCAAGGUGCUCAGUUCUAGUAUCAAGAAGGAAGAUCUAGCCAUCAACACUGGUUUGAACCUUCGGACUGCUAAUACCGGCAGCGACCAGUCAACGGUGGAUGAAGGGCUGUCGCCUACUGAGGAUGAUAAAGAAGACAAGAGCGAGUUAGCGGCGAUGCAAGCCGAGGUGGCAAGGAUGAAUGAAGAGAACCAGCGGCUGAGAGGGAUGCUGAACCAGGUGACCACCAACUACAACGCCCUCCAGAUGCAUCUCGUUGCUCUAAUCCAACAGCGCAACCAAAAGAAUAUUGGAAGCCCACGAGGUCAUGAGGCUGUGGAUGAGAAGACUGAUGGGAAGAUCGUGCCGAGGCAGUUCAUUGACCUCGGUCCGGCUGCAAACGCCGAUGAGCCUUCCCAGUCCUCCACUGAAGGUGGAAGCCGGCAUCUCUCCUCAUCGCCUCCAAACAAUGUUGAAGCGGGAUCAAUGGACUACCGCCGUCACGAGAACAACACUAACAAGGAGAUAGUUCCACCUGACCAUGAGAGGUCUAACAGGGAGGACAGCCCUGGCCCUUCAUCUGAAGGCUGGAAUCCUAACAAAGCACCCAAAUUAUCCCCUUCCAAAACUGCAGAACAGACCCAAGAAGCCACCAUGAGGAAAGCCCGUGUAUCGGUCCGAGCACGAUCCGAAGCACCUAUGAUCACUGAUGGAUGUCAAUGGAGGAAGUACGGACAGAAGAUGGCCAAAGGAAACCCAUGCCCCCGGGCUUACUACCGGUGCACCAUGGCGACCGGCUGCCCAGUCCGCAAGCAGGUCCAAAGGUGCGCGGAGGAUCGCUCCAUCUUGAUUACAACCUAUGAGGGGAAUCACAACCAUCCACUCCCACCAGCUGCCAUGGCAAUGGCAUCGACCACUUCAGCGGCGGCUUCGAUGCUCCUCUCUGGAUCCAUGUCGAGCACCGAUGGAAUGAUGAACUCUAGCUUCCUAGCGAGAACGAUACUUCCUUGCUCCUCAAGCAUGGCAACCAUAUCAGCAUCUGCUCCAUUCCCGACUGUCACUUUGGAUCUCACCCGCUCUCCUAAUCCUCUCCAAUUCCAAAGGCCACCAAUCCCAUUCCAAGUCCCCUUCCAGAACGGCUCUCCAAGCUUCGGCAGCCCAGCUCAGCCGCUCUCUCUGCCGCAGGUCUUCGGGCAGACGCUCUCCAACCAGUCAAAAUUCUCCGGCCUUCAGAUGUCGCCCGACAUGGAAGCAGCCCAAUUCCCUCACCCUAAGCCACCGUCAGCCACCUCACUGGCCGAUACGGUGAGCGCGGCAACCGCAGCAAUAACGGCAGACCCCAACUUCACGGCAGCCCUCGCGGCCGCCAUCACGUCCAUCAUUGGAGGCGGUCAUCAGGCAAACGACAACAACAAUACAAGUGCCAAUAAUACCACCGGCAACGGCAACGCCAAGCCGGCCAAUUCGAAUUUUCUGGCCACCUAACUGUAGCAGUUGCCGUCGCCAAUUCCAUGUUUCUUGAUUUCUUCUUUCUUUUUUUUUAACAUUAUUCUUUUGUUUUGUGGAGAAAAAUAGGAUCUAUCAUGCUUGUAAUUUGCUGUUUCCCUCUUGUUAAUUUUUGGAGGGUUCUUGUUGGCAGUCUACUGUAGACAAUUAUAAUAAAGAGAAAAAAAAAGGAGAAGUCCAAAGGGUCAAAUCAUCGUUUCUUAAA